AUGAUACUUUGCUCUACGACGCACCGGAUCCUGGCCCAGCUGGCGCAAUAUCAGGGGAAGGGCAUAUGUGUACGGGCAACAAGUGGUAUAACGCGAAGUAAAAAGGGAGCUUCCGUUGCGAAUGCGAAUUCUCAGCCACCAACAACUUCCUCAGAAAAUACACUGCCUGGUCCGUUCGAGCUACCCGAUAAACCGGCAUUUUUGAUAGACGAAUAUUUGCGCUCGAUUACCGGCGAAUCCAAGCCGAAAAGCUUGCAAAAGGACGAUAGUCAAGCUGCCCUCGAAGCUACGAAGAAGCUUGGGCUUUCGAGCUAUCGAGCAAUCGUUUACACGGAAGACGAGUUGAAAAAAUGCGACUUGUCAAAACCUCCCUCACCGGAAAACCCGCAUCCUUUCAACCCAGCGCACAUUCCACCGACGUACUCGCGAAGCAUCGCUCCCUACGUGAAUACGUCGAAUUGUCUACAAGCACUCGUCGAGUUGGGCGUAGACCUUUUUGAGGUCGACACAUCAAAUCCCACCUUGACAAAACGUCUGGUGCGACUUGACUUAGAAAAAGACGUGAAGCCUCGGUUGCAAUGGCUAGUCAAUGAAGUCGGUUUUGAGCCAAGUCAGCUUGGAGAAUAUCUGACUCGAAACCCGUUUUUCCUGUUGCAGGAAUUGGACGACAUGCGAGCUCGUGUUGGCUAUUUGGAUUCGAAGGGAUUUUCGAAAGAGGAAAUAGUCAAGAUCGUCGACGGAUGCCGUUUCUGGGUGAAUUUUGACGUGGAAACGAUCGACCAUCGAUUGGGAUGGUUGCACCGCGAACUCAAGCUUACGGCGCCGCAGAUCCGGGCGUUAAUUUCGCUAGAGCCACGCCUGAUCCAGUUUGGCGUUGGGCAAUUAGAGAGGAUAUCGAAGCUGCUGGGCAAAGAGCUGAACUUCCGCGCCGAGCAAGUGAAGCGGAUGCUCAUCAAGGACCCUCGCGUGUUUUUGAUGAAUGCAAAGACGUUGACUGAGACGUUCAUCUAUGUAAAUCGGAUUAUGCGGCUCUCGAAGGAUCUGAUCAGCAAAAAUCCGUUGAUUUUGAGAUGUCACCUUUCCGCCAUUCGGAAUCGACACGAGUUCUUGAAGAAGCUUGGCCGAGCCAGCUAUGAAGAUAUUGAGGCAUUGGUACCGAGGCCCCAUGAGCCGAGUAGCCAGCUAGAAGCCAGUCGAGAAUCUCCUGCUGAGAAGUCUAACGAAUUGAUCCCUGUGGUCGAAAUGGCGCUCUUUCUACACCCUUCCGAUGAGAUUUUUGCAAGAAAAGCGGCUCGCACGUAUCUCGAAGUCUACAACGAUUUUUUGCGCACACAU